AAGUGGAUUCCCGGGGAGACCAACCAGGUGUGCGUGAAUGUGCUGGACGAGGGCGCUCCUGACGGCGUUCUCAAUCUGCUCAUGACGACGACGCUGCGAGAGGAGCCGAAGGUGGAGAAGAACGUGACCCUCCUGCCGGAGGUCUCCUUCAGGGUGCCGGCCGGACGCGUCGAGACCUGCUACGAGGUUUUCCUUCCCGAGGCAGAUCAGUUCGACGGCAAGCUGCGCGUGAGUGGGCGUGCGGGCGGGGUGGACUUCGAAGACACGCGUGACAUCCUGCUUUCGAGGAACCGGAACCUGACCUUCGUGCAGACGGACAAGUACCUCUACCAGCCAGGUCAGGAGGUCAAGUUCCGCGUCCUCACGUUGCAAGGAUGGCAGGCGAAGGUGGCCACGGACCCGUACCCCGAGAUCUGGGUGGAGACGCCGUCCAACACGCGCGUCGCCCAGUGGCUCGGCGCGGCCAGCCCGUCCGGCCUGCUCCACCUGGCGUUCCAGCUGGCGGACGAACCUGAGGAGGGUCUGUACACCAUUCACGUGAGAGGGCCUGGGAACACGAGGGAAGGUGUCUUCGGCGACACGAAGACGACGAGGUCAUUCAAGGUCGAGGAGUUCGUGCUGCCCCGCUUCGAGGUCAAGGUCACGCCCCAAUACGCUUUGGCCACUGACGAGACCUUCACCUUCAGAGUGUGUGCAAACUACACCUUCGGCCAACCUCUGAAGGGAACCGUGGAGCUCACUGUGUCCAACAACCAGCGAAGGAAAUGCCACAACACCAUCAAGAGAAGCGAAUCUAUCAGCGGCUGCAAGGACAUCUCUGUGGCGGCGAAGGCCCUCAGGAUCACCGACUGCCGCGUGUUCAGCCUGAGUGCCACCGCCGUCGUGGAGGAGGAUGGCACCGGCGUCAGGCUCAACGACACGGCCAGUGCCAGAGUCAGCCGCAGUGCCGUCAACUUCGUCACGAUCUACGAAGACAACUACAAGAAACCGAAUCUUCCGUUUACGCUCAAGGUAAAGGCGACUCUGCCCGACGAGUCUCCAUGUCAACCUUGAACUGCCGCGCCGACCUACGAGCCUCGACCUUCUCGAAGGAUAUCCGCCAGUACUACUCGCCCUCGAACUCCUCCCUGCUCCUCCAGGUGCCCGAGAAGAAGCUCAAGUGCGAGUCUGGCCAGGGCGGGAACUACAACCUGCCCGUCUGGUUCUCGGCCAACAACCAGCCGAGGGCCGCGCUCACCGUCCAGGUGGUGUCCCGGGGCAAGAUCCAGCACCUGACGACGCGGCAGGUGGCCUUCACGCCCUCCGCCUUCCCCGUCGACACGCAGCACCUCGUCGACGCCCCUUCCAACCCCGGCUUCCCGAUCGUCAUGGGCGUCCUCAACCUGCCCAUCUCACUGCCGCCCACCGCUUCACCCACGGCGCAGGUGCUGAUCUGGUACACUCGAGACGAUGGAGAAGUGGUGUCCGACGCGGCCGAACUCAAGCUGGAGAAGUGCCUGGACAUCGCCGCCAACCUGUCCUUCUCGGCGCGACAGGCACUGCCGGGGGGGGAGACCACGGUGGCACUCUCCUCCGAGCCCAACGCCAUCUGCUCUGUGGGCAUCGUCGACCGAAGCACCGAGCUUUUGAAUCCUGACCCGACACCUAUAUCCCUGGAUGCGAUCUUCAAUUACCUGGAGGAUUACAAGAUCUUCCCUUGGAUUAAUCCUCAGGUGGACGACUCGAGAUACUGCGAGAGAAGGGCCUUCGAGAUGGCAGGGGCCGGAGCGGUGGCGGCCGGAGGUAUUUUGUUCCCUCUCAUUCCUCGUUUUGGCUACUAUACAGACUAUGUUGAUGCCUUAACGAUGUUUGAUGCAGCUGGAGUUCACGUCAUCUCCAACCUAAUCUUAGAGACGAGGCCGUGUGAGAAGGAUGAGGACGGCGGCGGAGGCAGCUUCGAACACUUCAGCGCCGUCAUCCCCACCAGAAUCCAGGUCGGGUUCGCAGCGGGAUUCGGAGGGGCGGCUCCCGCGAGCAUCGGCGGCUCAGAGCUUCCGACGGCGCCGGAGGAGGCGGAGGGCACGGCGCCCCGGACGCUGUUCCCCGAGACGUGGCUCUGGGAGCUCGUGGCCGUGCCCGCGAGCGGGCUCAUCCAGGACCGGCUGAAGCUCCCAGACACGAUCACCGAGUGGGUGGGGCAGGCCGUGUGCGCCCACGCGGACAAGGGCGUGGGGCUGUCCGAGCGGGCGUCCAUCACCGCCUUCACGCCCUUCUUCACCGACCUGACCCUCCCGCCCUCCGUCAAGCGAGGCGAGGUCCUCCCGGUCAAGAUCUCCGUCUUCAACUACCUCGACCAGCCCUUGCCCGUGCGAGUGAUCCUGCAGGACAGCCCCGAGUACCAGGUGGUGGAGGACCCUGCUGCUGACGGGGGAGGAGUAGCAGGAGCAGGCAACGAGAGGGCGUCCUGCCUGGCGCCGCAGGACAAGGCGGUGCACACGAUCAAGAUCCGGACGCUGGCGCUCGGGGACGUCAACCUGACGGUGUUGGCCUUCGUGGACCCCGCGCUGGACACCUUGAUCAAGCCAAUCAAGGUCGAGGCAGAGGGAUUCCCCAGAGAGGAGACCUGGACCAAAUAUCUGUGCGCUGAAGAGGUGGCAUCCGGCGAGGACGCGCCGGAGACGUGGGAAGUCGUGCCACCUGCCAACAUAGUGCCAGACUCCGCCCGCGGCUGGGUCACUGCCGUCGGGGACCUGCUGGCACUCUCGCUCGAGAACCUCGGCUACUUGAUCCGCCAUCCGUCCGGCUGCGGGGAACAGAACAUGGUCAAUUUCGCGCCCAACAUCUACAUCAUGCAGUACUUGACGGCCACGAACCAGGCCACGCCGGAGACCACGGAGAAACUGCUGAGGUUCAUGAGGACAGGUUACCAACGCGAGCUGCUGUACCGACGCAACGACAGCUCCUACAGCGCCUUCGGGAAUGCAGAUGACUCAGGCUCCACUUGGCUCACGGCCUUCGUCCUCAAGUCCUUCGCACAGGCUCGGAGGUUCAUCCCGGUGGACACUGAGAGCCUCGACCGAACGCGCCACUGGCUGAGCCUCUCGACCCGAGACCCGCGCGGCUGCAUUGACCCCGUCGGGAAGAUCUUCAGCAAAGGGCUUACGGGCGGUCUCGCAAGCCGCAGCUCCACCGUCUCGCUGACAGCCUACGUGCUCACCGCCCUCCUCGAGGCUGGGGUCCCUAUCAACACGCCCAUCGUGAUGGACGCAGGCCGCUGCGUGCUGGCCGACUCCUCCAACGACCCCUACGCGCUGGCCCUGAAGGCCUACGCCCUCGCCCUGGCCAAGGACCCCAACGCCCAGAGAGUGAUCCAGGACCUCAUGAGCCUGGCCGUCGUCGAGAACAACGCGCUGUACUGGAACCUGCCCCAGGGGCCUCGCAGGAGCAACGCCCUGGAGGUGGAGACGGCGGGCUAUGCCAUCCUCGCCCUCAUGGCCCAGGACCCGGUGGCCAACGCCCUCCAGGCCAGGAAGAUCGUCAAGUGGAUCACCACGAAGAGGAACGGCCAAGGAGGAUUCUACUCCACACAGGAUACAGUAGUGGCUCUGCAGGCCAUGGCCAGCUACGAAACCCACACGUUCCAGGGCCCCUUGAACGUCGUGGCCACAGUCACGGCCACGGACCUGUCACACUCCUUCACGCUGACCGAUCAGAACAAGCUCCUGCAGCAGCUGGUGAAGCUCCCGAGCUUACCUACCAGCGUGAGCGUCAGCAUGGAGGGCCAGGGAUGUGCCGUAAUGCAGGCUGUCCUCCGCUACAACGUGCCCGAGGCCGAGCCGAGCGACGCCUUCAGCCUGCGCGUGCAGGCCAUCAACGACCCGCGCGGCGGCUGUGUCGAGAAGCGCCUCGAGGCCUGCUCCGCCUACCUCCUUCCCGACGGCAAGUCCAACAUGGCCGUCAUCGAGGUCAACCUCGUGUCCGGCUUCAUCCCCGAGAAGGACGACCUGAAGGCGGCCGUGAGCGGAACCCCGAGGUUCGUCAAGCGCUACAAGGUGGACGGCAGCAAAGUCACCUUCUACAUCGAGGAGUUCACGGCCCAGGAGGUGUGCGUGAGCUUCCGCGUGACCCGCGAGGUGGAAAUCGAGGAUGCCAAGCCGGGCACGGUGGUCGUCUACGACUACUACCAGCCCGAGUUCUCCAUCAGCAAGAGUUAUAGCUUCCCUUUCUUGGACGGCUGCAAAAGGUAAACGAAACAAGAAAAAAAACAAGGAAAACGGAUGCCUUACUUCCUUGGUACAUCGAAUCUUGAUGCAGAGUUGUGUUGGGUGACUUCAAAAGUGAUUGCUUCCUAAAAUGGGAACUUAGCUGCUGAGCUACAGCAAGGGUUUUCUAAUAUCAUUGUCAUUUCGUCUGUCGUAAAACACUGAGUUACUUACGAAUAAAGCUUUAUAUUACAAAUACAAGUUACUU